AUGAAUAAAAGGAUAUUUAUUUUAGUUUGUAACGUAUUAUAUGGCCUUUUGGCUGUAUCAAUACAUUGCUCCGAACAGAAAACAUCGGGAUUAAGAAGUAGAAUCGUUCGUGCUAUCAAAAAAAUAAACAAAGGGGUAAAAAAAAGUGGUAUAGAAUCUAAACAUGAAACACAAUUAAAUAAUAAGAAUAAUAGUGAUCCUAAAGAUGAUGAAGGUUAUAAUGAUAAAAUAUGUAAUCUUAAAUAUUAUAAUGAUGAUGUAGAUGACAAAGAUGUUAAAGGCAAUAAAAGCAGUGAUUACGAUGGGCAAUGGAAACCCCAUGGAUAUUGGUUUUUUUGUGGUUCAAACAAUAUGGUUACGGGUUAUGGGAUGAGACCUAAGUUUUAG